AUGGAAAAGUACGAAAAGUUGGCUAAGAUCGGAGAAGGGUCUUACGGGGUUGUAUUCAAAUGCAGAAACAAAACCUCCGGACAAGUUGUAGCCAUUAAAAAGUUUGUGGCAUCUGAAGAUGACCCCAUUGUUAAGAAAAUAGCACUAAGAGAAAUCCGCAUGCUGAAGCAAUUAAAACACCCAAAUCUUGUCAACCUCAUUGAGGUGUUCAGGAGAAAAAGGAAAAUGUAUCUUGUUUUCGAAUACUGUGAUCAUACACUUUUAAAUGAGCUGGAAAGAAACCCAAAUGGAGUUGCUGACGGAGUGAUUAAAAGUGUAUUAUGGCAAACACUUCAAGCUCUUAAUUUCUGUCAUACACAUAACUGUAUUCACAGGGAUGUAAAGCCUGAAAAUAUCCUAAUAACUAAGCAAGGAAUAGUCAAGAUCUGUGACUUUGGGUUUGCACGAAUUCUGAUUCCAGGGGAUGCCUACACUGAUUAUGUUGCAACGAGAUGGUACCGAGCUCCUGAACUUCUCGUGGGAGAUACUCAGUAUGGUUCUUCCGUGGACAUAUGGGCCAUCGGUUGUGUUUUUGCUGAGCUCCUAACAGGCCAGCCACUCUGGCCUGGAAAAUCAGAUGUGGACCAACUUUAUCUGAUCAUCAGGACCCUAGGAAAACUAAUCCCAAGACAUCAAUCUAUCUUUAAAAGUAACCAAUUUUUCCAUGGCGUCAGUAUCCCUGAACCAGAAGACAUGGAAACUCUUGAGGAAAAGUUCUCUGAUGUUCAUCCUGAGGCUUUGAAUUUCAUGAAGGGGUGUCUGAAGAUGAACCCAGAUGACAGGCCAGCCUGCGCCCAACUCCUGGAGAGUGCCUACUUCGAUACUUUCCGAGAGGAGCAAAUGAAGAGGAAAGCACGGGGCGAGGGGAGAAACAGGAGGCGCCAGCAGAAUCAGCUGUUGCCUCUCAUACCAAGAAGCCACAUCUCCCACACACCUGAUGGAAGAAAACAAGUCCUCCAGUUAAAAUUUGAUCAUCUUCCAAACAUUUAGGAAAAUGUUCUUUCAAGUGCAAAGUAAUUUAAUAUGUACAGUUUGUACAAGUGAGAUAGGAAUUCUCAGUGUUUCAAAUGCAAAUAAGCCAUAUGAAAAUUAAGAUGCCUUCUACAAUU